CAACCACCCCGUGAUGGAGUCGCUUAGCCGCAAACAGUGUUCAGCGUGCGCCGUCCUAUUGCUGUCGCUCCAUAUGCUGCUGCACGCGAGUGCUACGCCAUCGGAUAAGAUAAGAUUUCAAGUGGACAGUGAAGAUGGUCGGCUAACCGUUCCCGAGUUGAUAGAGAAAUACGGCUACCCAGUGGAAGAGCACCCGGUCAAAACCGAGGACGGAUACCGGCUGAUGUUGCACCGCAUAAAAAGUGAUCGCCCGAAUGCCACUGUCGUCCUGCUGAUGCACGGUCUUCUGUGCAGCUCUGCGGACUGGCUAAUGAUCGGUCCGGGCAAUGCACUCGCUUACCUUCUGGCGGAUCGUGGCUACGAUGUUUGGUUGGGAAACGCUCGCGGUAACCGCUACUCACGCCAUCACGACAGUCUCAGCCCUGUGUGGCCAUCGUUUUGGGAGUUUUCGUGGCACGAGAUCGGAUACCAUGAUCUGCCGGUCACGAUCGAUUACAUUCUCGCACGAACCCGGCAGCCCCGGCUACACUACGUUGGCCAUUCACAGGGCACGACGGCGUUCUUCGUGAUGGCAUCCAGCAGACCGGAGUAUAACGAUAAAGUGGUGCAGAUGCAAGCGAUGGCACCGGUCGCCUUCAUGGAACACAUGAACAGUCCGUUGCUCCUGCUGAUGACCAAGUUUCUCAACACUCUGGAUAUUCUGACGAGUCUGUUCGGGAUCGGCGAGUUUAUGCCCAACACGCCCAUCCUGCACGAGAUUUCCAAACGGAUCUGUCCAACCACAUCGUCGAACAACCUGUGCAUUCAUCUGCUCUUCCUACUUAACGGCUGCGAUCCUACGCAACUGGAUCCGGCCAUGAUUCCGAUUCUGGUCGGCCACACGCCGGCCGGAGCAGCGACGAUGCAGUUGGUUCAUUACGCCCAAGAGGUUCGCUCGAAGCGCUUCCGGAUGUUUGAUUUUGGAAAAGUCAAAAAUUAUCUCACCUACGGUAAACUAUCGCCCCCGGAGUACAACCUGACGAGAGUGACCGUGCCCGUUGUGCUGUACUAUGGGUUGAACGAUUAUCUGGCGGCUCCGAAGGACGUCCACAAUCUGGCGGCACGGUUGCCUAAUUUACGGCAAAAUGUCCAGGUUAACCAUAAACUUUUUAACCAUUUGGACUUUCUUAUGGCAAACGAUGUUCGCAAGCUGCUGUAUGAUGAAGUAAUCGAACGAAUUGUCCAAGCUGACAACGUGAAUUGAAAAGCACGUGACGGAGUUAGGGUUAAGCCAAGAAUGUGCCUCGAACAAGCAGCACUUGUGUUUUACUUGGUCCUAGAGGGUAAGCUUCAGCUAAUCUCCGGUACUUGAAGCGAACGAACGGGUCAGAGUCAGGUGCGGUUAUUUAUAAUUCAUAUUGAACGGAAACCUAACAAGUGUACUUCUUUCUAAAAUUAGACUACGAAGAGGUAUGUGAAGUUUAUUUGUUUAUUUUGAAGUAAUUGCAGUAAUUUGAUGUGAUGUUAGCUUUCAGUUCUUCAGUGAUCUUCGCUUGACUGGCAUAAACUUUACUCUUCAAAUAUCCCCGCAGAAAGAAUUCAGAAGAAAUUCGGCAUUAACAAGCACGCACAGUUGUCACAGUUGAACGAUUAUUUUCAAUGUAGAGUGCUACAAUUUCAGUCAGCUUUUUUACCUUUGGUUAUCCGUGACUAAAACGGCAUAGACUGAAG